CAGGAGCAAAUAAAGAGAAUAGAGUAAUGGCCACUCACCGUCAAGAUGAUGAGAUGAAAAGGAAGUGUAAUGAAGCUGCAGCAAAAACCUCAGACCCGCUGGAAAAGCUUAGGCUCAAGUGCCUAGCCCGUGGAGCAUCAGGGAUAAAGGGGCUGGGAAGAGUGUUUCGUAUCAUGGAUGAUGAUGGUAGCAGGUCACUGUCUUACGAUGAGUUCAAGAAAGGGCUACAUGACUAUGGACUGAGUUUAACUGAUUCUGAAUCAAAGCAGAUGUUUCAGAAGUUUGAUCAAGAUAAGAAUGGAUCCAUUGAUUUUGAUGAAUUCCUAAUAAAGCUACGUCCUCCAAUGAGUCAGAGUAGGAUCAGUAUCAUUGAUCAGGCUUACAAUAAACUGGACAGGACUGGAGACGGUUUAGUCACCGUUGAAGAUUUGAAAGGUGUGUAUAACGCUAAGCAGCACAAAAAGUAUCAAAAUGGAGAAUGGACAGAAGAACAAGUGUUUCUGGAGUUCUUGAAGAAGUUUGACUCACCUAAUGACCCUGAUGGACAAGUCACCAGAGAUGAAUUCAUCAAUUAUUACGCUGGAGUGAGUGCCUCCAUAGACAGUGAUCCAUACUUUGACCUCAUGAUGAGAAACGCCUGGAAACUCUAGUCUACAUGUACCCCCAAGUAUCGCCACAUGGAAUAACUAAUAGGAGCUUAAAGUGUAACUAUACUGCACUAAUAGAUACAUGUACAUGUACACGAUCUUGAGAUGUUUUUUCAUGCUAGAUAAAAAUGCUUUCACACUCUCCUUUUACACUCCUUUUUGUAAAAUAAUAAUAAUUAUUAUUAUUACUAUUAAUAUUAUUAUUUUGUGGCCAGUUAGAACUAUACAUUAUUACAUGAUUAUUAUUAUAAUUAAUUUUAUUAAUAAUUUUUAUAAAGUCACUGGCUAGUGGUGUGGUGUAGUA